AUGGGUCCAGUGGAUACUAGUAAUCAAUCACCUACCAUCAACUACUCUGGUGGAAAGUAUGCACAACAACCACAACAACAACUUAAUCAACAACAAACCAACAACAACACACUUUUGAAGGAUGACACUCAACAACAUUCAAAGAGUGUGACAACAUCCAACAAGACGUCCUACACAUCCGUGUUGCCAUAUGCCAACUGGAAUAGUGCCAAUGGAUUUGGUGUUGACUCUUCCUCGCAGUUGGACCUUAAGCAACCUGUCCAACUUCCAAACAUCCCAUCGCUCAUCAAUCCACAAGUCCAUGGCAAUAACAACAACUAUAACCAUUCGCCAUAUCAUCCACAGCAGCUGCAGCAGCAACAACAACAUCAGCAGCUGUCUAUCUCGUGGCCUCAGUUCCAGACCUCACAUGAGCUGGUCCAAUUCCAAAGGAGCCAAAGUUGGGAAGAUAUUGCACAGCAAUCCUCGUUGUCCUCUGCACCAUCCUCCCCUGACUCUAACAAUAUCAUUGUAAAUACUCAACAACAACAACAACAACAACCUAUCCAACAACAACCACAACAGCAACAACAACAAUUGCUUCCACAUCUACCCCAGUUCAACUAUAAUCCAGUCCAGGCCAACCACUUCACGCCAGACUCGUCGCCAUUGCUCUCUCCAACGACCUCCUACAUUGCAUCGUCCCAGGGAUACUCCUCACAACAGUUGAGUAUUGCCGAUGAUGUGGACCGUGAGUCCAGGAGGAAGACCUCACUCAAGGUGCCACCCUCUCCUUUGGACUAUGCCCAGAGCUACCAUCACACACUCCCCUAUCCACAGACUACUGCUACCGCCGAAUCCAAGAGGCUAAAGUUUGAGGUUGCCUGCCCCACGUUUGCCCAGCCACAAUACGUCUCGAACACUGAACGCGACGCCAAUGUGGCCUCCAACACCUUCACCCCGGUGUCCCCACGCAUGUCCUCCUCGACCAGUGAUGUGUCCUCCAGCAACAGUGCUCAAAUCACACCACCAUCAACUCCUGCCAGCCACUGCCAGCACCAAUACCAAUACGACUCAUCGCCAGUGAUGCGUCCACACAGCCCACAAGACAACUCAUUUGUGUCUCCCCAGACGACCACCUCUGCGCCAUCCUCGCCCAACUACCAUGGUGUCCAGCAUCCAAUCUCGUUGCCCCUUCUCCUGACGGCCAGUGCCUCGUUGCCAGCAACACCAACUCUGUCCUCGUCCCAGUACGACAUACCCUCGUCACCAAUGUGCAACUGCCAGGCGGGCCUACACAGAAACGUCAGCAGACCAGUUGAAACCACCAGGGUCCCAGACCAGUCGCUAGAGUGCGAGGAGUUCAACGUACCCUUGGAUCACUUUGAGGACUGGAUCGAUGCCGAGGGCAAGAUGGUUGGUGUCUCGUACAUCAAGAGUGGAGGCAAGGUCAUUGGCGCUCAUGCUGACCGCAAGACGCUCAACCUCAAGGCCGAGUACGAGAGACCAAGGAAUGGUCUGCGCAGGACCAAGCGCGAGCUGUUGUGGACUCAAAAGUACGUGUGCUCCCGUGCUGGCUUCCCAAAGAGACGACCCGACUCGGACGACAAGGACUCACUCAACCGCAAGAAGGUCGUGUCAAAGAAGUGUGGCUGCCAGAGCAGGAUCGUCGUCUCGGUGUACGCCGAUGACAAGAUGUUGGCCGUCGUACGAAAGAUUGCCGACCACAGUGCUCACAUGUCGCCACAGCAGAUGGGUGAGUUCCAGAUGAUUGCCAACCAGCAGAGACACUACUGUACGGUUCAUUCCAGCGGUUCAGUCUCUACUAUUACUACUACUCCACUACCAAACCAACACGUGCAGCAGCAAUCAUUCAUGUUGAACAACUACUCAACUGAUAGUCAGCAGCACCACCAGAUCCAACAACAGCAGCAGCAACAACACCAACAUAUGCUGUUGUCCAACAACAACUACCAUAAUAACAACAUGGUCAACACCAACAACACAUCGGCCACCAAGAAGGACUACGAACUACAUCACUAUGGCCUUCAAACACCAAUGCGCUUCAACCAUCACUAG